GCCCCUGCUCAUUCCACUCACACAACACAAGCUCCCUUCCAGCUUUUCAUCCUUCUCAUCAACUUAUUUGUCUUGUGACUUGUGCGUUGCUUCUGUUAAGCUAGCUAGUUGAGUGAGGUUACUUUCUGGGAGCAUGGCUCGCAUGGCGGUGUCGGUGCUGGCGAUCCUGCUCGCCUGGUGCGCCCUGGCGGCGGCGAGCUUCGACAAGGAGUUCGACAUCACCUGGGGCGACGGGCGUGGCAAGAUCCUGAACAAUGGUCAGCUCCUGACGCUGGCGCUGGACAAGGUGUCCGGCUCCGGGUUCCAGUCCAAGCACGAGUACCUCUUCGGCAAGAUCGACAUGCAGCUCAAGCUCGUCCCCGGCAACUCUGCCGGCACCGUCACCGCAUACUACCUGUCGUCGCAGGGGCCGACGCACGACGAGAUCGACUUCGAGUUCCUGGGCAACGUCACCGGCGAGCCCUACACGCUGCACACCAACGUGUUCACGCAGGGGCAAGGCCAACGGGAGCAGCAGUUUCGCCUCUGGUUCGAUCCCACCAACGAUUUCCACACCUACUCCAUCCUCUGGAACCCAAAGCACAUCAUCUUCAUGGUGGACGACAUGCCGAUCAGAGACUUCAAGAACCUGGAGGGAAAAGGGAUCGCCUUCCCCAAGAACCAGCCCAUGCGGCUCUACUCCAGCCUCUGGAACGCCGACGACUGGGCAACGCAGGGCGGCCGCGUCAAGACGGACUGGUCCCACGCCCCGUUCUCGGCCUCCUAUCGCGGCUUCAAGGCAGACGCGUGCGUGGUGACCGCGGGCGGGCGGCCUCACUGCGGCGCCAGCGUCGGCACGGACGUCGCGCCCGGCACAGGCGCGGCCGGCGAGUGGUACAACCAGGAGCUGGACCUGACGCGGCAGCAGCGGAUGCGGUGGGUACAGAGCAACUACAUGAUCUACAACUACUGCACCGACCCCAAGAGGUUCGCUCAGGGCGUCCCCGCCGAGUGCUCCAUGUAGUGCCCUUGUCCGUCCGUCCGUCCAGCAAGCUAGCAUUGGACAGCCCGUGUAUACGUCGAUCGCCGGAGGAAGAUGACCGGAGAUAGGGAAGAUGGAAGCGUCUGUACUGUAUGAUAAAUAAGUACUGGUGUGGGGGAUAAGGUGAAAUGUAGCCGGUGGUAGAUUCUUCUGUUGCUCUUUGUCACGAUCACGCUCACGCUCAAUUCGUGUGUAAUAGUAUAUGCCUCAUCUUGUUCCGUUCUUCA